CUCGGUCGUUUCUUCCAAACACCAACUCCUCUGUCUGCUUUAAAAUUGCCUCUUUCCUUACAGCAUUAAAUCCUCCAAACACAGUCCUACAUUUUCGGAACUGUUUUUUUUUUUUUUAGCUUAGCGGCGGAGAUGAAGAUGCAGAGAUUUAUUCCGGUGAGCAGUGUCUUGUUGGAAACUAAAUAUUCUCUGCGAUGGUGGCAACGACAAAACCGCUGCUUCUCUCAGGUGACUCGAAACGAGGUUGAUGACAAAGGUGGAGUUGUUGUUCCAAAAAUGCCCCCCUUUGAUUACUUUCCGCCUCCUUACACCGGUCCUCCCGCCGCUGACAUCCUCGCCAAAUACAAGGAGUAUCUCAGGCCCUCCAUGUUUUACUUUUACAGCUAUCCUCUGAACGUAGUGGGUGGAAGGAUGCAGUAUUUGUUCGAUGACAAGGGAAGAAGAUACCUAGACGCAUUUGGAGGGAUUGCUACGGUAAGUUGCGGCCAUUGUCAUCCUGAAGUGGUCGACGCAAUAGUCAACCAAACCAAGCGCUUGCAGCACUCCACUGUCCUCUACUUCAACCAUACCAUCACUGAUUUCGCUGAGGCCAUUGCCAACAAGUUGCCCGGCAAUCUCAAGGUGGUGUUCUUUACAAAUUCAGGGACAGAAGCGAACGAGUUGGCGCUGAUGAUGGCAAGAUUAUAUACUGGAUGCCAUGACAUAAUAUCAUUGAGGAACGCGUAUCACGGGAAUGCAGCAGGGACCAUGGGAGUCACUGGCCAAAGUAACUGGAAGUUCAAUGUUAUACAGAGUGGAGUUCAUCAUGCCUUAAACCCAGAUCCAUACCGAGGUGUCUUUGGUUCUGAAGGAGAGAAGUAUGCAAAAGAUGUCCAAGAACUUAUCCAGUUUGGAACUUCUGGCAACAUUGCUGGUUUCAUUUCUGAAGCUAUACAGGGAGCUGCUGGAAUUAUAGAAUUGGCCCCAGGUUACUUGCCUGUUGUUUAUAACACCAUAAAGAAAGCUGGAGGUCUUUGCAUUGCUGAUGAGGUCCAGGUUGGGUUUGCUCGCACAGGGAGCCAUUUCUGGGGAUUUGAAAAUCAGGGCGUUGUUCCUGACAUAGUGACAAUGGCAAAGGGCAUUGGAAAUGGCAUCCCUCUGGGUGCUGUGGUAACCACCCCUGAGAUUGCAGAGGUCUUGACCUGCAAAAGUUACUUCAAUACCUUUGGUGGGGGUCCUGUAUGUACUGCUGCAGGGUUAGCCGUCCUGAAUGUAAUCGAAAAGGAAAAGCUUCAGGAGAAUGCAUUUGUUGUAGGGUCCUAUUUGAAGGAAAGGCUAACUGCACUAAAAGAUAAAUAUGAUCUUAUUGGGGACGUGAGAGGAAGAGGAUUGAUGCUUGGAGUUGAAUUUGUCACUGAUCACAAGCUCAAGACUCCUGCAAAGCUUGAAACUCUUCAUAUAAUGGGCCAGAUGAAAGAUAUUGGAGUGUUGGUUGGGAAAGGUGGAUUUUAUGGCAAUGUAUUUAGAAUUACCCCUCCUCUCUGCUUUACCAAGGAAGAUGCAGAUUUCCUUGUAGAUGCGAUGGAUUACACCAUGUCGAAGAUGUGAAGCCUCUAAAUUGAAAUGUGGAUAAAGAUAUAUGAUCAUUCACAGGUUGUUCUAUCCAGUGCUGUAUCAGAACAUCCCCUAUUGCAAGUGAAAAUUAUCAAUGCAGGUAUAGAUUUCUUUCUUCAAUAAGUUAAACAGACAUUGCUAUGGUUUCGACAAGCCAUGAUUCAACGAUUCGUUGUCUCUCCACUUGAUGAGUCAACAACUCGUUAUCUCUUUGUUCAAACUCUAUUUAUUUGAAAUAAUUGCAGUAAGAUUAAAGUUUGAUGGGUUAAUUUUCCCUUCUCUUCCUCCCCCUUACGUAAUCGAAAGAAACGGUUUGAAUUGCUGA